AUGCGCGGACAGCCGGUGGUGGUGGCGCGCGACGUGCUGAGUGUGGUGGUGGAGUGCGGCGACUGGACGGGCUGCGACGACGAGGGCUGCGUGCAGCGAGUGUCGCAGCAGGGGCUGCUGUACCGCCUUGAGGUGUUCAAGACCAGGACUCGCGGGUGGGGCGUCCGCAGCUGGGACACCAUCCCCUGCGGCGCGCUGGUAUGCGUGUUCUGGGGGACUGUAUUCAGGCACAAGCUGGCCGGCACGCUGCCGUUUGACGACGACACCUACUUUUUUGACUGCGCGGUGCGGCUGGACGUGGGGGACGACCACAGGGCGCUGCCGGCCGGGCAGCAGCGCACCGACAUCGAAUCAGAGUAUGCAAUCGACGCGAAGCACGCGGGCGGCGUGGCCCGCUUCAUCAACCACAGCUGCAACCCCAACCUGUACGUGCAGCCGCUGUGCGUGGGCCACGCAGACCGCACCAUGUGCGGCAUCGGCCUCUUCGCCGGCAUGCCCAUCCCUGCGUGGACCGAGCUGACGUGA